AUGGAGCAAGAUACCUUUACCGUCCUCGUCACGGGAGCUAAUAGCGGUCUGGGUUAUGCCAUCUGCUGCCGCCUCAUAGACGAGUUCCUCCAUACACGCCCUCAGUCUCAGAACCUCCACAUCCUCUUCUCCACCCGCGAUCAACGGAAAAGCGAGGCUACGAGGAAGCGAUUGCAUGGCCACCUACAAAAGACAUUACGCAACAUCAAUGACUCAACUCAUGGGAAGAUCAGUCUACUGCUGGAAAGCCGAGUGAAGAUCGAAGGCGUCCUGGUCGACCUGACGAAAUUGAUUACCGUAAAAGCACUUGCGCAGAGCUUGGUGAGGAGAGGGCAAAGACUAGAUGCCGCGAUAUGCAAUGCAGGUGUAGCAGGCUGGCUAGGUACAAAUUGGGUCAAGGCCAUACCGGAAGUCAUAACAGGUUUGAUCGAGGCAACGACUGCACCGGAAUUCAUGAUAUGCGAUGUUGGACUCUUGGCCAAACCGCAAGGGACGCUAUCAGGCAAGAGAGACGGAAAGGGAGGGGAAGAGGAGCCGACGCUGGGGCAGGUGUUUCUGAGUAACGUGUUUGGCCAUUAUAUGCUCGUGCAUUGGCUCUCGCCUGUCCUAGAUGGGAAUUCGAGAGUGAUCUGGAUCUCAUCCGUCUCAGCUCUAGAGAAUCUAUUCUCACGGCAAGACCUGCAAGGCCUGCGAUCGGAUAGAGCGUACGAGAGCUCGAAACGACUUACUGAUCUUCUGGUCUUGACCUCCGAUCUACCUUCCACGACACCUUUUACUAGCACAUUCUGGGCACAAGACUCGUCCCAAGCAUCGACGACAAAGACGAAAGCAGAAGCGAGACCGAAGAUGUACCUCACCCACCCCGGUGUGAUCCAGACCUCUAUCGCCGACUUAAAUCCCAUCAUGUCCUUCUUCAUGCUCCUAUCCCUCUACUACGCCCGUCUGCUCGGCUCGCCUUGGCAUCCCAUCUCACCCUACAAAGGCGCCAUCAGCGCCGUCUACGCCGCUCUAUCCCCAACCUCACAGCUUCCCGGGCAAGAAGAAAUGGACGGAAAGGGUAAGUGGGGCAGUUCGACAGACGUCUUUGGCGGUGAAAGGGUGGCGAGGACGGAAGUCGAUGGGUGGGGUUUCGCUGGCGUGGUGGGGAGGAUUCCGACGGGUAGUGUGGCGGGGAAGAUGGGGAGGCGGAAGGGGUGGAGGGAGAUGACGGGGGAGAGGAGGGAGGAGUUUGAGGUCGAGGGGAGGGAGGUUUGGAGAGAUAUGGAGAGGUUGAGGGUGGAGUGGGAAGGGAGGUUGGGGGAGGUGGAGGUGGGGAAGGGUGAAGAUGUUUGA